AUGGAAACCUGUGAGGUUCUCUCAACCGACAAAGCUACAGUUGUCAUCCAAAUAAAUCCACAGGCAAAAGACAGUGCUUUUUAUUUUGAUGGACAGGAGGCCAGAGGAACAAAUCACAAUGCGGCUCUUAAAGGAUUUUUCAAAGCACAGCCAAAAGCACUGGGGACUGUACAGAUAAUGACUGGAGUGAUGGUCUUUUUACUUGGUAUUGUACUCUCCGCAAAUUUCUACAGAUUUCCUACUAUUUCUGUCAUUAGUGGCAUCACCUACUGGGGAUCCUUCAUUUACAUCAGUGCUGGAUCUCUGUCUGUUGCUGCGCAGAAUAAACUUCAUCCGUGUGUGGUGAAAGCCUCUCAUGGAAUGAAUGUGUUCAGUGCCAUAACUUCAGCAAUAGCCAUUCUUCUGACCGGCAAUGAAAUAAGAAUAGGCCCACUGCACCCUCGAAGCUGUUACAAUAUUCAUAACUGUAUAAAUACUGAGAGAUUUGGUUUUGGGAUCAUUGGAAUAUUGCUGGUGUUCUCCAUCCUUCAGUUCAUCAUCUCCAUCUGUAUCUCAGCAUUUGCCUGCAAAGCCACCUGCAACAACAACUACGACUCUACAGUGGUCAGUGUGGAACUAGACCAGAGAUACUGA